GUGCUUGCGAGUGAGCGAAGGUGAUUGAUUUGUUUUGUAUAAUAUAAAUUCAGGUUGAACGGAUCAGAUAUUUUAAUUCAAUUAUUUUUCGAACAAAAUCAGCAACAUGAGCAAUUUUCAUUCGCCUAUGCGCUGUAUUUCACCCAAUGCGAGAGUCCUCACUCCAAAGCCGCAGGUGCAACAAACCUUAGAUUUGAGGCAAACGCAGACAAAAGUGAAAAACAGUAUCACCUGGUUUUUCAUUAAUACUUCUUUGUUUACUGUUGUGAUCUAUGAUAUAUUAUAUGGUGGAGUAGCUUAUAAACCGUUUUGUUGGAUAGAGUGGUGUUUGGCAUCGAUAUUAGCUUUAAAUGCGGUGUAUCAUAUAGUAAGUUAUGCAAUAGCUACGCUCAGUAUUCAACCAGUAGUUUUGAGUCCCCGGCAGAGAAAGCUACUGGGUGUAACGGACAAUGACCCACUAUUUAAAACAGAAGCACCACCUCCACAAAAACUAUCUGAGCCAAGUUCUCCUCAGCAUUUUUCAACCAUGAAUCUUAGUUGGCGAUCGAAUACCCUCAACUCCCCUGGCUUAAACGAAAGCAAAGAUUAUACAGUAUCAAGUCCAUUUUACAAGUACAAUAGUCCAUCAUCACCUCGCAAGUUAACUGUGAGUCCAAACACUUCGUUAAACAAAUCGUUCAAUAACUCUCUAAAUGGAAGCUUGACCGGCGAAGGUCUUAUAUAUGACGAAGUACAACUCCAGAACUAUUUGAAGGAGAUAGAACAUAGAGAGCGAAAAUCAACGUCAAUAACAAAUGUGGAUCAGCCAUCAAAUUUAUUAAGCUCAUUUUGGUCACAUCCGGCAACCAGAAAUCCUGGCGAAGUUUCCCCAAUGUUGAGGCGAUGUGUCUAUCAAUUAGCACCAACAAUUGAUAAAUCGAAAUCUACAAGUCCAGGAGCUGAGGAAGGUAACUCUCCAAGAGGUAUCUUUGGAGCACCAGACAUUUGGAGAAAAUACAGGAUAGAUUCGAAUAAAGUUAAUCAAUGGACAGCUAAUCUUCGAAUGUGGAUUAGUAAAACUGUCGUUGAACGUGUAGCCAUGGAAAUAGAGAACGUUCGUUCAGCCCUAGUAAGACAUGGUUUAAGUGACUCGCAGCCAGGUCAUGUGGGACUGGAUAGGCUUAGAAAGUUAGCCCAAUCACCAACUUUGGUGGCUGGGGUUCCAACAUUACCUGCUUUGGUACCAUUUCUUGAGCUAUCAAACAAUCAGGAUUAUCUAGUGAAAAGAAUAAAAGUUCUGGCUAAAGGUGGAUCCAUGAGUGAUUUUAAGUGGAAUGGAGGUAGCUCCUACAAUGGCAAAGAAUGGGAUAAUUCAUUACCUACGGAUACAGCGAUAGUUAUGCACUUAUUUGCUUCUUACAUGGAUACACAACUGGAGGCUCCUUUAGAUCAACCGGAUGCUCGACCUUUUACCUCUAGAUACACAGCCAGAGCUGGCAAAGACUUACCACGAAAUAAAGGUCCCAUAAUUGUCUGUACUUCGGUUAACCCGCCACAUUAUAGUUUGGCGUUAUCAGGUGAUUCAGCACCAAAUGAUUAUGAAGAAAUACCAAGGGGUCGAAACAAUAUGUUUCAUACUUUAUUGUUAUUCCUGUACAUAGUAAAGACGCGGGAUCACGGAAUGCUAGGACGUGUUAAUCUAGGAAUGUCUGGUGUUAAUGUACUAUGGGUAACAGAUGGCUGAGACUGAUUAGUGUACUAGAAUGUGAACCUAUAAUUGAAUAACACUGUAUUGUAUAACACAAUUCAUUCGUCAUCUAUUUUCACACAUCUAGGUACGAAAAACAAGAUUCCUUUCGAAAUCGCAUAAUUCAUAAUAUCGUUGAGUCUCCAAUGGUGUAAUAAAUGAUUUUUGUAUGAAUUUUAAACUUAAUUGGUUUUGUAAUUAUUUGAUGAUAUUUUUCUGGGGGUGAUUUGGGAGAGUGUCUGCAAUUAUUUGUUGAGUUCGAAGUGCUUGAUCAAUCUUUAUGAUCCAACCAUACCUAUGCUUGAAUUAAGAGCAGAAUUUUUUUUUGCUCAGGCAGGGAUUAAAUUUUUACCCGAUCUUUGUAUUGCAACUGUGUUGAUCUUAGAACUCGUACGACUGCACUAUGAGAAUAGUGCUCAGAGUGAAGUCCCUUAACAUCUGGAAAAAGUAAAAAUGAACAAUAAAGUAUUUUUUAUAUAUCUUUUGUCAUCUUUAUUACCUCUGUAACCAAGAGUUCAAACAGAUGACUGUAAUUCCGUGUAUACCCUCUCUAAAAAAUGAAAGAUAUGUUGCUGAGCUGAAUUUGGAAUAAAU